AUGGUCAUCGAUUCUGGAAGAGACUCGGUUUCCUAUAAUGUCCCUGCUCCUACAGAGGAAAAGCCCAAAACACGGCAGAUGCCUGUCACCUUGCUUUCAGGCUUCCUGGGAAGCGGCAAAACAACACUCCUCAAACACAUCCUCAAGUCCUCUGACCAUGGGUUACGGAUUGCUGUCAUCGUCAACGAUAUGAGCCAGCUGAACAUCGACGCUACCCUCAUCCAAAACCACAAAGUCUCCCAAACCACCGAGAAGCUCAUUCGACUUCAAAACGGAUGCAUCUGCUGCACUCUUCGGGGAGACUUGCUGUCUGAACUGGCAGCUCUGACCAAACGAAACGAGGUUGACUAUGUCAUCAUUGAAUCGACUGGCAUAAGCGAGCCCAUGCAAGUGGCCGAGACUUUCACGGCUGAGUUUAGCUCGGCCAUGCUGGAAGCUGAAGAUCAGAUUGCGAAUGAUGAUGUCGACGCAAAGAAGAUCUUGAACGAAAUUGUGGAACUAGGUGGCUUGCACACAAUGGCUCGGUUAGACACUACUGUCACUGUUAUUGAUGCCUUCAACUUGCUUUCCAGCUUCGACACAACAGAGUUCCUCUCUGACCGUUAUGGGAGGGAAGAGAUCGUUCCUGAGGAUGAGCGCACGAUAUCUGAUCUCAUGGUGGAUCAGAUUGAGUUCGCCGAUGUGUUGAUUCUCAAUAAAGUCGAGACAGUUGACCAAGCAACACGCGAUAAGCUCAUGCAUUUGCUGAAGCUACUGAACCCAGCCGCAAAGAUCCUCAAGUCAAAUUACUCUCAAAUAGAUGUUCGGGAGAUCAUCAACACAAACAAAUUCGAUUUUAUACGUGCUGCUUCUGGUCCUGGGUGGUUGCAGAGUCUCCAUGAAAUGACAAUACAGACGACAGGCAACGGUGACCGGAUGGCACCGAAACCAGAGACCUUGGAGUACGGCAUCAACAAUUUCGUCUACACUGCUCGUCGACCCUUCCAUUCGCGCCGACUCUUCGCUCUUCUUCACGACAAGUUCAUCAUUCUCCAGAACAAUGAAGUCGAAGAAGAAGAAGGCGACGAGGAAGAGGAGGAAGACGAAGAUGCAAUGGACACAGACUCUGACUCCGAAUCAGUGGAAGACUUUGAAGAGCCUGAUCCAGCGGUCAUUUUGAAGAACAAACGUACUCACCCGGCCUUUGGUCCAGUUCUCCGCUCCAAAGGCUUCUUCUGGCUCACGACCAGACCCUGGCAAUUCGGAGAAUGGAGUCAAGCAGGUGGUAUGAUGACUGUUGGAUGCGGUGGACCCUGGUUUGCCGAAAUCCCCAAUGAGGAUUGGCCAGAAGACAAGGAUGUGCGGGAAUCCAUCCAGAAUGAUUUCCAAGGUCCCUGGGGUGAUCGUCGCCAGGAACUAGUGUUUAUCGGGGAAGGUAUUGACAGUGUCAAGAUCAGUGCUUUACUGGAUGAGUGUCUUCUAGAUGAUAAGGAUAUGAAGAAGUGGGAGAAGGUGAUGAAGAACAAGAAAAUGAGCAGAGAGGAGAAGACGGAUAAGUUAGCAAAGAUGUGGGAAGAUGGUUGGGAAGAGUGGCCUGCACUUGAGGCCGAGGAAGAGGAAGAGGAAGAAGAGGAGCAAGAGCAGGGGAAGCAUCGAAUUAGCGAUUAUCUGGGUCAUCAGCAUGGGACUAAACAUGGUCAUGGACACAGCCACCGGAUGAUUGCCGUAUGA